CCCGAAAAUAAUUUCUUACCCGAAAAAAAAAAAGAAUAAAAAGGAAAACUGGACAUGAAAGAUUUAUGAUUAUAGUGAGGAGAUUCAGAUCCAUGAACGCCUGAGAAAGAGAUCGUCGUGUUUUCCCCUUUUUUUCACUGACAUUACACUUUCGAUUUCUAUCUAUAAACCCUAAAUUUGCUUACUUUAUUUGAUAAUUCUCCAUUUUUCUUCACUUCUUCGUAAAUUUCUUCAGCGAAAUCGAAAAGGUAUAUGGCUUUUGGAUGGCCGCAUAUUAUGCCAAUUGAAUCAGGACUUUGUCCUUCUUCUCAACGGAUCGUAUAUCUUAAAGUUAUUAAUGGAUUAUUUCUUGUUGUUACUCCUACUCAUUUGGAGCGUUGGAGUUCUUCUCAGCUAUGAUUGGGGCAUACUCUAGGGAGAAAAGAUGGGCUGAAAUAGUUUGAUUGUUUGGUUCUAUGAUGCAAGAGGGUAAUUUUCCCGAUGAAUUUUUAUUUUCCAAGAUUUUACAAGCCUGUGGGAAUCGUGGCGAUUUUGAGAGUGGAAGGUUGAUACUUUCGUUGGUGAUUCGAAGUGUGAUGAGUUGUCUUGGCGGAUUAAUAAUGCUUUAUUGGCAGUGUAUGCUAAAUGUUGUAAAAUGAGUUUGGGACGAGAAGGAUAUUGUUUCUGGAAAUCCAUGAUAUCUGGAUGUUGUCUAAAAGGCGAGAAUGGUGAAGCCCAUAGGUUACUAAAAAUGAUGAGUGAAGAUGGUAUUGAACGCAGUUUGAUAACUUGGAACAUAUUAAUUGCGGGUUACAAUAAAUCAGGUGAUUGUGAUAUUGCAAUGGAGCUCAUGAACAAGAUGAGAGGUUUUGGAGUUACUCCUGAUAUCUUUACCUGGACCUCACUUAUCUCAGGCUUUUUACAGAAUAAUAAGGUAGUAAAGCAUUAGAACUCUUCAGGGAGAUGUUAGUGGUAGAUGGUGGACCCAAUGAGGUUACCAUAGCUAAUGCAGUUUCUUCCUGUGCAAUUGUUACAUCUUUAAAGAAGGGGAGAGAGCUUCAUACGCUUGCAGUUAAAAUGACUUUCUAUCAAUGUUCUGAUUGGAAAUGCUCUAAUCGACAUGUAUUCAAAAUGCGGGGAACUUGAAGCUGCACACAAGGUCUUUGAUCUAUUAUCAGAAAAAGAUGUGCAUACAUGAAAUUCAAUGAUAGGAGGCUAUUUUCAAGGUGGUUACUAUGGCAAAGCACAUGAUUUGCUCUUAAACAUGAAGAAAUCUGAAAUAUGACCUAAUGUUGUGACAUGGAACGUGAUCAUUUCUGGUUUUAUUCAAAAUUGAGAUGAAGAGCAAGCCAUGGAGCUCUUUCAGAUGAUGGGUAAACAGGGGAUAGUAAAGCCAGAUACUUCAUCUUGGAACUCUCUCAUGUCUGGUUAUCUACUGAUGGGUUGCAAGAACGAGGCACUUAUGGUUUUUCGACAGAUGUAGUCAUCCGGUUAUCGGCCUAAUCCAGUUACAAUAGACAAUUUUACCUGCUUGUGGUAAUCUACUAGCAGCUAACAAGGUGAAAGAAAUCCAAGCUUGCGUGCUGCAUGGAAAUUUAGAUUCACGUAUUGCCAUCUCAAAUGCAUUCAUUGAUGUUGAUGGAAAAUUUGGCAACCUUGCAUACUCAAGGUCUGUGUUUGACAGUAUGUCAGCAAAAUGUAUCAUCACUUGGAACUCAUUCAUAGCUGGUUAUAUUACGGGUGUUGUAGUACGAUUACGGGUCGAACCACGAGGAGGCUUUGUUUCGAGAGUAAUUUAGUUAAUCAAUCACUAUUGAACAACCAAUAAUUAAAAAAAAUACUGGCAGAAGCAUUUACAAUCGUCCUUUUUAGAAAAUCUCCCUGACUGCUACUUUUCCCUGGAACUUGUUGAAGAAGCAAUUGCAGAUUGGAAUCUAGUACUACUGCUGUGCUUGUUCCUCAUCAAGAUGCUAGUUUCUUCUGGGACCCAAACCUUCAACAAGUUCUUAGUGGAGUAAGCUAAGUCAUUCAUGCAUCAGAUGCUACAAAAUGCUUUUGCAUUUGUCUUUCAAUGGUUUUCUUGGGUAUUCCACACUGUAAUGUAGAUUUCUUUUUGUGAUCUUUACUUGCAUUAUUGAUUUUAAUAAUCUAAGAUGAUUCUGGCUUUUUUUUUUUUUUUUUUUUGUGAUUUAUUAAUCAUCUGAAAUGAGCCAUAUUAGUGUUUUGGUUUACACAAGACAACAAGAUCUUAGAGGUUCUUCUUUAGUUUUUUUUAUAUUCUUUUUACGAUUGGUAGGAAUAUUAUCUUUUUUCUCUGGAAUUUAUUGAUAAUAUAAAAUUUGUUUGAUGUUAGUCAAAAACAGUAAAGCUGUUUAUCAGCUCCUAGCUGCACGAGAAUCAUCAAUUCAAUAAUUUUCCUAGAUUUCACGUUGGUACAACAUUUCAUUAUCUCUAUUCUCAAUGCUAUGUUUGGAACAAUGAUUUCAUACAGAAAUUUAAAAUUGGCUCAAAUUAAGUAUUUGACAAAUCAAAAAAAUUCAUUUGGAUUUGAGCAAUUCUACUAUUGUUUUAAAAGUAGUUAAAAAUUGAGAAUUUGAGAAUGACUUCCCAAACGUAUUUAUGAUUUCAUAAUUGAAAUCUACAAUUUAAAAUGAAUUACUUGUUCCCAAACACAGCCUUAAGGGUCUCCCACUUCGGAAGGGUUUGAGGGUUGGAUGUUAGGAAAGAGGACUAGUUGGUUAUCACCUUUUGGUUCAAAGAGCUAGCAGAAACUGGGGAUUCUUUCAUAAGAAGCUCGAUUCUUUUAGCGUAAUAACUACUGUUUUGGAAGAACUGAUUUUGAUUGCUGCACUGCAAAUCGAAUUACAAGUGGCUUGUUGAAUGACAGAAUGUGCUUAUUGUUUGGCUUGUUGAGUGACUAAAUAUUGCAUGCUUAUCGUUUGGCAUUAUACAAUUAGAAAUUUGGGAAGAAAAAAGAUGACCGUUCUUAGUGCAGGGUUCUUCUUUAAUCAAAGGAAGCUCCUGUGUUGGUUCUUUAGGAAUCUGAUGCUCUUACUUUCAGUCUCUCUCUCUUUUAAAGUGGAUGCAAGGAUAAGCUUCUUCGUCAUAGUUUUGAAUUGUUUAUGCAAUUCUCCAUACUGGAAUCCAUUCUAUUGGCAUUAUAAAUUCUUCUAUAUGCAGCUAAGAGACCAAACACCAAUUCAUUGACAGGCUGAUUUUUUUAUCUUCUGACAGUUAAUAUAGGUUGGAAAAUGGAUAGUGAGAAGAAGCCAAUUUCUGUUGGGCCAUGGGGUGGUCAAAGUGGAUCUAAUUGGGAUGAUGGAGUGUACACAACUGUGAGGCGAAUGCUAAUAACUCAUGGAGCUGGUAUUGACUCCAUUCACAUUGAAUAUGACAAGCAAGGAUCUUCAGUGUGGUCAGAAAAACGUGGUGGAUCUGGAGGAUAUAAAACAGAUGAGGUCAAACUUGCAUAUCCAGAUGAGUUUCUGACUUCUGUCCACGGUUACUAUGGUCCCUUAUAUCCUGGUGGGCCUGUGUGUGUUCGAUCGCUGACGUUUGUCAGCAAUGAAAAAGCCCAUGGGCCGUUUGGCGUCGAGCUUGGAACAUUCUUCUGCUUCCCGAAGAUUGGAGAGAAAAUUGUUGGUUUCUAUGGUAGAUGUGGUUGGUUCCUAGAUGCGAUUGGAGCAUAUUUAAAGCCCGUGGAACAAUCAAAUGUGCCUAAAACAAUGGUUUAUUCACAAAAUUGUCUUGCUAACGGGGUUGAGAAAUCUGGUUACUCGGUAAUACAUGGAAGUUUAGGGAAAGAUUAUGACAUUGUGCUUGCUAUAAAGCAGAGGGAUAAUUUUACCAAUGUUCCUGCUCCGCCAAAGAUAAGGGAGAUUGACACAAAUACUUCACCAUUAACAUUCUCUAGACAAAGUUCACGUUCAGAUUGCUCCGAUAUGGAAGGUAAAGAAAAGAUGUUUGCUCAUCCUCCCCUUGCCGAGCAAAAACCCACUGGCUUUGUGACUCAUGGACCCUGGGGUGGCAGCGGAGGAACUACCUUUGAUGAUGGAAUAUACACAGGCAUCAGGCAAAUUAUCUUAUCACGAAAUGUUGGUAUUGUCUAUAUGAAAGUGUUGUAUGAACAGAAUGGGGAAGUUGUAUGGGGAAGCAGAAAUGGAGGGACUGGUGGAUUUAAAAGAGACAAGAUUGUGUUUGAUUAUCCUUACGAAAUCUUGACACAUAUAACGGGAUUUUGUGGCUCGACGAUGAUCAGUUCUACAAUCAUUAAAUCACUCACAUUCCAUACCACAAAGGGAAAAUAUGGACCAUAUGGUGAAGAGCAUGGUGUGCCCUUCACCUCCAACAUAAAGGAAGGGAUGAUUGUAGGCUUUCAUGGGAGAAAAGGACUUUUUCUAGAUGCCAUUGGGGUUCAUGUUAAAGAGGGUAAAGUAACCCCACAAGUGCGCCCUCUUUUGCCUUUGGAAGACAAAAAUAUUAGCAAUUCUGAUACUGAAGGAGAUCCUUUGUGGCCUAGCAAACAAAUUAUUGAUAGAGGAGCAUCAAUUGAAGAGGCCACUUACAAGAUUGUUAAAGAGCCCGCUCCUUGUGGACCUGGACCCUGGGGUGGUGACGGAGGGAAACCAUGGGAUGAUGGAGUUUACACUGGAAUCAAACAGAUUUAUUUGACAAAAUCCGAAGUAAUAUGUUCAAUACAAAUUGAAUAUGAUCGGCAUGGACAGUCAGUUUGGUCUGUGAAACAUGGCGGCAACACUGGCACCAAAACACACAGGAUAAAACUGGAGUAUCCACAUGAAAUGCUUACAUGUAUAUCAGGUUAUUAUGCUUCAGUUAAGGAUGAUAACUGCAAAGUGAUCAAAUCAUUAACGUUUUAUACUAGCCGAGGAAAGUACGGUCCAUUUGGUGAGGAAGUAGGAACGUACUUCACAUCAACAACUACUGAAGGAAAGGUGGUUGGGUUCCAUGGAAGAAGUGGCUCAUACUUGGAUGCCAUUGGAGUUCAUAUGCAGCACUGGAUAGGAAGCUACAAACAGGCAAAACCUUCGUUGUUCAAAGUCUUCGGUUAAAGUGAGUGUAGCAAUUUUAAGCGGACAUAAUCUGCAAUAGUCUCUGCAAUAAUUCACCUUGGUAAUACCAUCAUUGCUCAUUGUUGCAAUGAUUGUUUUCUAGGGAAGCUGUUGAGACGUUGGAUUCACAUUUGAGUUUUUCUUCUUAGGGAGGUAUAAUUCGAAGGAUAAUAUUUUUCGUGAAAAUAGUUUUCUGAAAUGUUAUUUCUAAUAAACAAUACAAAUGAUAGUUUGAUUGAAAAGGAGGUUGUGGGAGUGGAAGAAAAUAAUUUUUCCUUUAAAUUUCGAUAGAAAAUUAUAAGGAUAGAUUUGUUUACUAAAUGGUUUGGUUCACUAAUAUUUUGCGCCUCACAAAAAUCAAAAAUUUAAAUGAAUUAAGCAAAAAAAUUUUUAAAAAAAUCAAAAAAUAAGCAAUGGGGAAACUUAUUUCUCAAAGAAAGUAUUUUUUUCCCAGAGUUGAAAUUUGGGUUGUUCGUUGUUACUAACGGCGAACAAAGAGGGUUGGUUAAAAGAAAUAUCAAGUUUGUUCGCUGUUACUCACAGUGAACAAAAACAUUGAUUUUUUUUUUACCAAGUUUUUGUAGUAAUUGCAAACAAAGGAAAUCUGGUCAAACAAGGUCACGCCUUUGUUCGCUGUUAGUAACAGCGAACAAAAAUUUGACCCUGGUAAAAUAGUGCUUACUUUAACAAAUAUUUUAAAACAUUAUUUAUUAUUUGACUUUUUAUAUUAUUUUGCUUAUUUAGUUUAAAUUUUCUCAAAAAUCCUCGAUUUAUGCCAGAAAACUAUUGAUCUUUCUACUCAACACUAAGAAGCACCAAACAGUAAAUAAGUAUAUUAUAAUCUCUUUAGUCUCCAUUGGGUUUUGUCAAACCCAAUUGGAUAUUGGAUUUUUGUCAAACAUGGCCCGUAUCAUCACACUGGAUUGAGUUUGCAGCUAGGCACAUAAAAUAAAAUGAAGCAAACCCUGUUUUUCAGUUAAGAACUAGGUAUGGACUUCACUAGAUAGCAAGAUGAUUUCUACCUUCCAGUUUGCGUGCAACUUUACUAGAUAGCAAGAUGAAGACUUGAUCGGGUCUAUAAAUACAGGAUUGCAUCUGAUCCGAACUUCGAAUGCUCCUCUGCUUGCUUUAAACAGCCGGUCUUAUGAGAGAGACGUGCCUAAUCCAUUAAAGCCUAUUUAUUGUAUCCUUAAUGCCUACUUAGAUCACCUUUAAUACCUACUUAUUGUAUUCUUGAUGCCUAGACUACUUACUUAUCCUUAAA